UCAUAUAUAAACAGAUUUGGAAAGUAUUUACUAGAUUUUGAUGGUAGAAACCCAACCUGGUAUGUGAAGAUGGACUUCUUUUGCGGUUGAAUCUUUGCUACUCCUUUGUUCUUCGUUUUCUGCCUUUGCUUCUGCUUGCUGCUACUGCUACUGCUACUGCUACUCCCUUUCCUCUAUCGAUCCACUGCCCUUUUCUCCUCUCCAACUUGUUGUGUCUUUUGUGUGCUAUUUCUCCCUAUGUUUAUGGAACCAACCUCUCCUUUUCUUUAUGCGACUCUUCCCCCUCUGUUCCCUUUCUCUCCUUUGGUUGUAAGAGUGAUUUUAUACCAAGGUUUUUACUGUUCAUAUGUGUGUGUUGGCAAGUAUUUGUUGGUAGUUUUGAGGGUGGUGGCGCCUGCAGCAGCCAUUUUUGUGCCUGAAUCUGGUUUUCCUUUAACUGCUUCCUUUUUGUUGCAGGUUGCUGUGUGGUGAGUUUUGAGUGGUCCUUUGAAGAGGUGGCCGCCCUCCUACUUCUCUAGGACGGUGUCUUGUAGUUUGUUUUGGGCUUGAAGUGGUGACCAAAUUGUUAGAACAAGCUGGGCCACCAGAUCUGACUAGUGCCAACAAAGAAUGAAGUUUGCAGAUUCUGCUUUUUAUGUAUAAUGUAUAAUAAUAUAGUAAAUUUUCUUUCGAACCAACCCAUGUGUUAUUAAUCAUCAUUUAUGCUCUUAUUAUAAAAUGUAAUCGUUCUUGUAUGUUUAGACAAACAUUUGAUAAUAAAGCUUGGCUCUUUUAAU